GAGUACAGCUCGGCGGCGUCGCAGACUCGCUUUCCGGCGGGUGCGCGGGGCUCGGCGGCCUCCGCGGUCCGCGCGAGCGCUCCCGCCCGCUCCCUGUCUCCCGGUUCCGGGGCGGCUAGUCUGUGGCGAGAGAGUGGGGCCGGGCCCGCUUCUGGCCUGACCCAGGAGGUGACCUUGGUUGAGUCGCCUGUAGCGCCGAGCCGUGGCGCCCGUCUGUGGCGCGGGCCUGUCAGGGACCCGGCUCCCGAGCGGUUGAGGACACAGACCUCGAGCGGCCCCACGGGCUGCCCCGUGGCAGGGGGAGCGCCGGGCCUCUGGCGGGGGUGCUGGGAAAUUCGGCCGGGGGGAGAUGCCCCUCCAUGUGAAAUGGCCGUUCCCUGCGGUGCCGCCGCUCACCUGGACCCUGGCCAGCAGCGUCGUCAUGGGCCUGGUGGGCACCUACAGCUGCUUCUGGACCAAGUACAUGAACCACCUCACGGUCCACAACAAGGAGGUGCUGUACGACCUCAUCGAAAACCGAGGCCCAGCCACACCCCUCAUCACGGUCUCCAAUCACCAGUCCUGCAUGGAUGACCCUCAUCUCUGGGGGAUCCUGAAACUCCGCCACAUCUGGAACCUGAAGUUGAUGCGUUGGACGCCCGCGGCUGCAGACAUCUGCUUCACCAAGGAGCUACACUCCCACUUCUUCAGCCUGGGCAAGUGUGUGCCUGUGUGCCGGGGGGACGGUGUCUACCAGAAGGGCAUGGAUUUCAUCCUGGAGAAGCUCAACCACGGGGACUGGGUGCACAUCUUCCCAGAAGGGAAAGUGAACAUGAGCUCCGAGUUCCUGCGCUUCAAGUGGGGGAUCGGACGCCUGAUCGCCGAAUGUCACCUCAAUCCUGUCAUCCUGCCGCUGUGGCACGUCGGGAUGAACGACGUCCUGCCCAACUGCCCGCCCUACUUCCCCCGCUUUGGACAGAAAAUCACCGUGCUGAUCGGAAGGCCCUUCAGCGCCCGGCCCGUGCUCGAGCGGCUCCGGGCAGAGAACACGUCUGCUGUGGAGAUGCGGAAAGCCCUGACGGACUUCAUUCAGGAGGAGUUCCAGCGCCUGAAGACCCAGGCAGAGCAGCUGCACAACCACCUGCAGGCUGGCAGCUAGAUGCCACCCUGCCCAGACCUGGCCUGCCUCCACUGGGAUGGGAGGGGGGGCGGGGAAGAGGCAGCGCUGGGACCCAGCCUCAGCCGCUGGGCCCUUGGUGCCACCUUCAGCUUCUUGCCCCGCAUGCAGCGGGGCUGGGGGACGGACGGAUGCUUUGAGCUCAGAUACAGUUUUUCGUUUGUUUAUUUGGGUUUGUUGUUGGCUUUUUUUUUUUUUUUUUUUUUUUGGCUGUGCCCACAGCAUGUGGAAGUUUCCAGGCCAUGCCACAGCAGCGACCCAAGCCACUGCAGUGACAACACCGGAUCCUUAACCACUGCGCCACAAGGGAACUGCUCAGAUACAGUUCAGUAGGCAGAUCUGUUCUGACCCUCGCCAGGUACCCUCUCCUAGCUGGAGCGCUUUCCAGCUCCUCUGUGGCUCUUCAGCUGAAGGAAAGGUCUCAGCUGCUCCUCCCCCUCGGCCAUGGAGGGAGCAAGAAAUGCGAGCGAGGCUCUCCUUCCUUCCUGCCUUCAACUUGUUCUCUCCCAGGGUUGCUGUCUGGAGGGAGGGUAGUUGAAGCGGGGCGGGUGGCCAGGCCAGGGCUUCGAGGAGGGGCCCACCAGGCCUGUGGCCUGGCUUCCGUCUGCCUGCCCUGAGCCAGGAGCGGCUCACCACUUCCUCAGGGACGGCUGUCAGCUACAUCUGCCCUCUGCCCAGGCUCCCUGCCCGUUUCCAGAGGUGGAGCCCAGCCAGAUGGAGCCCUGGCCCCUUGCCCCCAUGCCGCGACCCAGCGACGUCUCUGUCCUUUCCACCCUCACCCCCCCCCCCGCCCCCGGCAUCACUUGAGUCCCCUGGAACCUGGGUUUUCAUGUUUUAUAAACAAUAAAGCCACUGUGUUGUGCUCUUUUA